AUGAAGCCUUGGUUGAGGACAGAGGCACAUAGAGAAGAUGAUGUUGGAGAUCAGGAGCACUCCAGUCAGGAUAGGCCGAGUUACGUAGCAGAGGCAGCCCUCAAUAAGUUUAUCGCAGUGACUGAUCGUCUCAGUCAGUUUGAAGCGAGACUUAAUGGUCCAGGGCCUUCUAACCCCUCUUUGCAUAUAUGCAAUGUCCGUCGAGACCAAGUCCGGUCACUCUGGGACAAAGUCAAGAAGGAAUUCGAGAUUUGUCUGGAGACCAUUACGGCGGCAGGCGCGGGGACCUCAGUUCUCCAUAACAAGUACGACUAUUGUUAUUCGGUGUACGAAACUCUGGCAGCCCAACUCAGCGAGCAAAUAGAGAAAGCAACGGCUCCAACAACUUCCACAAACCCGCAAAGCUAUAUUCCCUCCGGAUUUCGCUUACCUCCAUGUGACACCGAAGUUUUUGAGGGAGACUAUUUAAAAUGGCCAACGUUCAGAGAUCUCUUCACGGCAGUUUACGUGAAUAAUCCUAGGCUCACACCAGUUGAGAAAUUAUUUCAUCUCAACUCCAAGAAGCGAAAGCGAUUGUUUCAAAAUCCCCGCUUACCAAUGACGGCUUCGCGUCCGCCUGCAUAUCGCUCCGAGAGCGAAUCUGGUCGAGCGCUAAAGGAGCUGCAGAACACCAUACAAGGGUGUUUAGUAGCGCUAGCGCACUCCAAUAUUUCCACGGAGAACUGGGAUUGCCUGUUGGUGUUCCUGUGCGCCAGUAAACUGCCGAAGUUGACCCUUUCCUUAUGGGAACAGUCUCUGUCAUCCAAGUCCGAUAUUCCGACAUGGGAAGAAAUGAACACAUUUCUCAGUGAAAGAUAUCGGACUCUAGAAGCCAUCGAGGACAUGAAACCGAGUAUUAGCGGUAUAGCCUCGAAAAAUCCUGUAGCUUCCAAAAAACUCAAUUCCUUCGAAGCGAAAGUGAGCACAAAACCGAAGACUUGUGAUUUGUGUUCAAAAGAGAAUCACCCGGUCCGGAUGUGCUCACGCUUCUUGCAAAUGUCCGUGGAUGCGCGCAGCAGCUAUAUUAAAAAGAAGCAGCUGUGCCUCAAUUGUUUCGCGCGCGGCCAUCAGCUUCGCGACUGCACGAGCACACACAGCUGUGCUACGUGCCACGGGCGACACCAUACGCUGCUGCAUCGGGGCGUUCCUAGCCCUUUGCCACAUUCCACAAUUAACGUUUCGGCAAACACACAACCUCCUGCAGCACCUGCGACGACCAGCUCAUCCGGACAGCCGCCAGCAGUGCAAAACUAUUUUGCAGCUGGAUCCACGGCGGUGCUGCUAGGCACGGCAAUGCUGGAUAUUUGCCAUCUCGGGACGAAAUAUAGGGCUCUCGCCCUAAUCGAUUCGGGCUCCGAGGCGACUUUUAUUUCCGAACGCCUAUUCAGGCUCCUCAAGCUGCCAUUCCGUCUCAUUAACGCCAAGGUCUCCGGUUUGAAUCAGACCGUUUCCGCACAGUCGACCAGGCUGUGUCAUUUCGCGAUAAGUUCGCCCUCCAAACCCGGCCUGCAGCUAAAUACAGAAGCUUAUGUGCUGCCAGAAUUGGCAGGCAAUCUACCAUCUUAUCCGAUUCCGAAAGAAGCGCUGACUGGUUUGCCUAACCUUCCUUUGGCAGACCCAACGUUCUUUGACAGUUCCCGAAUAGACGUUUUGAUCGGAGCUGAUAUAUUGCCAUCCGUGCUGCUGAGCGGAACAAGAACAAAUAUUUGCGGCUCUCUUCUCGGUCAAGAAACCAUUUUCGGUUGGGUGCUUACAGGCCCAGUGUCCAGCACACCAAACCAUGACAGGGUCUCAGCUUUUACAAGCCAGAUCAGCGAAACGGCAAAUAGAGAGGUAUUACCCAAGGUUGAAGCAUGCCUUAACUCCCGGCCGCUCAAUCCAAUGUCCGAAAAUCCCUCCAAGUUUCUGGCAUUAACGCCAGGCUAUUUCCUGAUCGGGCGUCCGUUGUUUUCCACAGCUGAGCCCGAAAUCAAAAGGGAAGCUCGGUCGAUUAUAAAUCGACGGCAACAUUCGAAGGCCCAGCAUCAGCAAUUUACUGUGCGAUGGAAAGAGGAGUAUCUAAAAGAACUCCAUAAGCGCAACAAAUGGCAAGCUCCAGACCGGAACAUCCAAGUUGGGGAUAUGGUGGUUGUUAAAGAGGACAACAUACCAUCCAACGAUUGGCGACUCGGCAGUCGUGUCGGUCUAUCCGGGAGCCGACAGCCGGGUUCGCGUCAUCGACGUGUUUACUUCGCGGGGCACUAUUAA